AUGGCUACCGGCGUUCCAAUCCUCGAUACCACUCUUCAAGCCGCUUUGAUGAGCGCAGCAUCAAACGUCGUCGCACAGAGCCUCGCAAUAUACCAGCACAAAGAUUUCUCUGCUAUCGACUCUGCCGCAUUCGUAUAUUUUACGGUUUUUGCGCUGUUGAGCACACCACCCAACUUUUUGUGGCAGGAAUGGCUUGAGAACUCUUUCCCAGCAAUAAAGAAAAAGAAUGUAGGGAAUCUGGACAAAGGACUUGUACCAUCCCAAAAGGGUGACAGGCUUUCAGUGAGCAAUACUGCAAUCAAGUUCCUCCUCGACCAGAGUCUUGGCGCUGGUGUGAACACAAUGCUCUUCAUCGUCGUGAUGGGCAUGUUCAAGGGACUUGAAUGGGCACAGAUCUUGGACACCCUCCAGAGGGAUUUCUGGCAGAUGAUUCUCGCGUCGUACAAAGUAUGGCCAUUUGUGUGCUUGUUGAAUCUAGUCGUGGUUCCAUUCGAGUAUCGUAUGCUGGUUGGUAAUACUGUCGGGUUUGGCUGGAGCGUGUACCUGAGUCUUUUCCAGCUCUAG